CUGAGCGCGCCGUGCUCGCAGGUGCGGCAGCCGGAAGGGUCUGUGCUUGCCGACGGGACUGUUAGGCCUUUUAGAAACAUUUCCAUCAUGCCUGACACUCAAGAAGCUACCAACCAACUCUUGGAUAUGAACCUUCAUGAGAAUGAUAAGUCUGUGCCAGUGAUAGAAGGAGGCCUCAGAAGUGAUUCUGAGCAUCUCCGAGCCACUAUCGGAGCCACUGUGCCUACUGGCUUUGAGCAAACAGCUGCAGACGAAGUGAGAGAGAAACUGAAGUCAUCAUGCAGAAUCAGCAAAGACCGGGGCAAGAUAUAUUUUGAUAUUGCAGUGGAAAGUCUGGCUCAGGUUCAUUGUCUGAGAUCAGUUGAUAACUUGUUUGUGGUUGUUCAGGAGUUUAAAGAUUACCAGUUCAAAAAUACAAAGGAAGAAGUUCUAAAGGACUUUGAAGAAUUGGCUGGAAAGCUCCCAUGGUCUGACCCUUUAAAAGUCUGGCAAAUUAACACCAGUUUCAAGAAGAAGAAAGCAAAGCGCAGAAAGACAAAUCAGAGUACAGGUAAAGAGAAGGACAACUGUGGACAAGGAGACAAAGCAGAAGUGAAAGGCAGUAAGAAGUUUGCCAGCAGCACUUCAGAGUCACGUAUCUUGGACUAUUAUGAAAAUCCAGCCAUCAAAGAAGAAGUAUCAACCUUAGUGGGUGAUGUCUUGGCAUCUUGCAAAGAUGAAACUGGUGAAAGCUUAAGAGAAGAAACUGAACCACAAGUACAAAAGUUUAGAGUCACCUGCAAUAGAGCAGGAGAGAAACAUUGUUUUACCUCAAAUGAGGCUGCGAGGGAUUUUGGGGGUUCUGUUCAAGAGUAUUUUAAGUGGAAGGCUGAUAUGACCAACUUUGAUGUAGAGGUUCUCCUGAACAUCCAUGAUAAUGAAGUCAUUGUUGGCAUUGCAUUGACAGAGGAGAGUCUCCAUCGAAGAAAUAUUACACAUUUUGGACCUACAACUCUUAGGUCAACUCUUGCCUAUGGAAUGCUCAGGCUCUGUGAACCUAAACCUACUGAUGUAAUAGUGGAUCCAAUGUGUGGAACAGGGGCAAUACCAAUAGAGGGGGCUACUGAGUGGUCUCACUGUUACCAUAUUGCUGGGGACAACAACCCUCUGGCAGUGAACAGAGCAGCAAAUAAUAUCUCAUCUCUAUUGACUAAAAGCCAGAUUAAAGAUGGAAAAACAUCCUGGGGGUUGCCCAUUGAUGCUGUUCAGUGGGAUAUCUGCAACCUCCCACUGAGAACUGCUUCUGUGGAUAUUGUUGUAACAGAUAUGCCUUUUGGAAAAAGGAUGGGCUCCAAGAAGAGAAACUGGAAUCUAUAUCCAGCUUGCCUUCAGGAAAUGAGCCGUGUAUGUAGACCAGGGACAGGCAGAGCUGUACUACUUACUCAGGACAAGAAAUGUUUUACCAAGGCAUUAUCUGGAAUGGGACAUUUGUGGCGAAAGGUCCAUACAGUCUGGGUGAACAUCGGGGGCCUUCAUGCUGCAGUUUAUCUUCUAAAACGCACACCUCAAGCCUUUGUUCAUCCUUCAGAACAAGAUGGAGGAAGACACUCUCCAUGGUAAAGCAAAGAAUGAAAACGACUAUAGUAUUUGUAGUUCCUAACCAACACUGGACAUAUCAACAUAAAGAACUUGCUUUGAGGGGGAAACAGCAGAAAAGUAACUUAGUAUU